AUGCCGCCUCCCCAGCCGUCGACCAGUCAAGCCGGACGCAGCGACACGACGUACGGUGUCGCGACCGGCACCAUUGGUGGUGGAUACGGACCGUACUCUUACAACCCCGCCGCCGCCGCCAAUAACGGUCACUAUGGCUCGUCGAGAUUCAGCGCUGCUAUAUCCGAGACAUCUGUGGGAACGGCCGGUGAGAAGACGGUCAACACUGCAACGCCCAUAGUAGGUUCCGCGACGGUGCAGCCAUACCCGUACCUGUGGGACACGAAGGAUCCCGAUCUCGACGAUGCUCUGCACAACCCCGACCCCAUUCGAGAUGCUGCCAUUGAGCGAAGUUGCACACCCUUCUCUCUCCGUGGAUGGCUGAACGUCUCGGCGCUCGUCAUCCUCGUCGGCGCCUUACUCACACUAUUCGCGGGAUAUCCUAUCAUCAAUUACUAUGAACAUCCAACGCCGAAGUCCGCAGGGUACAAUCUGGGCGGGAUCAAUGGCUCCGGUCAAAUACCGGACCUGCCCCAUAUGCGUCAAUUGGUCGACAAAGACACUCCAGACUCUGCUCUCAAGCACACGGCGUCAGAUGGGUCUACGUACAAGCUGGUGUUUAGCGAUGAAUUCGAGACGCCUGGCCGCACAUUUUGGCCUGGGGACGACCCGUUCUGGGAGGCGGUCGAUUUGAACUACUGGCCCACUGGUGAUAUUGAGUGGUACACGCCUACAGUAACCACCACGGAGAACGGAAAACUGGUCAUCACGAUGGAGGAAGUAGAGAACCAUAACUUGAACUUCCGCAGCUCAAUGCUUCAGACUUGGAACAAGUUCUGCUUUACAACUGGUUACGUCGAAAUAUCGGUCAGCCUUCCUGGAUCGCACGAUGCACCCGGGUUCUGGCCGGCUGCAUGGACGAUGGGCAAUUUGGGCCGUGCUGGCUAUGGUGCAACUACCCAGGGAACAUGGCCAUACUCUUAUGAUGCUUGCGAUGUCGGAACCUUCCCGAACCAGACGUACGCCAAUAGCACUCCAGCGGCUGCCGAUGGUCUCAGCAUCCAGCCUGGACAAAAGUUAUCCGCGUGUACAUGUCCUGGUUCUGAUCACCCUGGCCCUUCGGUCGACGUUGGCCGUUCUGCGCCUGAGAUCGAUAUUUUCGAGGCACAGAUUGUACCGCAGGGUUGGCGUGGACAAAUGUCCCAAAGUUUGCAAAUCGCGCCAUUCGACCUCGGCUACGAAUUCGACAAUUCGAGUUCUGUGACCACGGUUUACAACGACGACAUCACGUCGAUCAAUACGUACCAUGGCGGCCAGUAUCAAGAGGCAGUAUCGGCGCUGACGUUUAUCAAUUCUUCUGUAUACAACAACACGGAGUACGGAAUUUACGGCUACGAAUGGUAUUCAAACCCGAACGACCGCGACAGCGGAUAUGUGCAGUGGUACAGCAGUGGGGAGCCUUCGUGGAAGGUCACCUCAGGGUCACUCCCUGCUGAACCGAGUCUCGAAAUCUCGCAGCGACUCAUUUCAGAGGAGCCGAUGUACAUUAUUAUCAAUUUCGGCAUGUCACCGUCGUUUGAGCUUCAGGACUGGAUGCACUUGCAGUUCCCUUCGAAGAUGUACGUUGAUUAUGUGCGGGUCUACCAGCAAGAAGGCGCAGGAGACGACGCUGUCUCGUGUGAUCCGCCGAAUUACCCCACAGCAGACUACAUUAACAACCAUCUACCUGCGUACUCAAAUCCGAAUUACACAACAUGGUCGGAGGCGGGAUACGACUUCCCCCGCAACCGCCUGUACGACGGAUGCAGCUGA